AUGGUCCCCCAGCGGGCCAUGGUUCUCCCCCAGCGGGCCAUGGUUCCCACCAGCGGGCCAUGGUUCUCCCUCAGCGGGCCAUGGUUCUCCCUCAGCGGGCCAUGGUUCUCCCUCAGCGGGCCAUGGUUCCCACCAGCGGGCCAUGGUUCUCCCCCAGCGGGCCAUGGUUCUCCCCCAGCGGGCCAUGGUUCCCACCAGCGGGCCAUGGUUCUACCCCAGCGGGCCAUGGUUCUACCCCAGCGGGCCAUGGUUCUACCCCAGCGGGCCAUGGCCCCCCCCAGCGGGCCAUGGUUCCCCCCCAGCGGGCCAUGGUUCCCCCCAGCGGGCCAUGGUUCCCACCAGCGGGCCAUGGUUCCCCCCAGCGGGCCAUGGUUCCCCCCAGCGGGCCAUGGUUCCACAGCGGGCCAUGGUUCCUCCCAGCGGGCCAUGGUUCCACAGCGGACCAUGGUUCACCCUAGCGGACCAUGGUUCACCCUAGCGGACCAUGGUUCACCCUAG